AUGGAGCCACAAUCGGCCAUGCCGUGGCCGGAGCAGCUUCAUGAGAAUCCCCUCAUCUCUCCUGGGGAGGAUGAAUUUUCGAACUUCCUCGAAUUCGACAUGCAUUUCUCCGACCUGGAAGGGCACGGACCAGCACAUUCCCAGAUGCAGGACCAACAUUCAAUGGGCCACCCUCCCACCACCACUGCGCCCUCGACCAUGGCCUCAGACCCCCGAUCACAUCCAUAUGCGACUUCAAUGGAGGGCAUGUCAAUGGACUUUGGUCAUCACCCUGCCCAGUCGCAAUCUGCCAUGCCCUACACCACUACUCCCAGCAUGACCCCGGGCUUCUGCGCCCAGGAUUCAUCCCACCAGGCCAUGCCGCAACAGUCAGGUCAACACUACAUGCAAGGCCCCCCGAUGAUCCCUCCGACACCCAACAGUAUUGAAAUGCAUGGGAAUGCUGUCCGAUACUCGCAACGGAUGGACGACAACCCGGAGAUGUAUGAUCAUCGGUACUCGCGCGUUGAGGACCAGGCGCUGUACACUCCUCUGGUAUCGCCUGCGAUGACACCGCUGGAAACCCAAUUUCAACUGGACUCUUAUGCGAUUCCUGGGGAAUAUAGCAUCACUCCCCUCACCUCGCCGGCUCUGGAAGCCCAGGCACAUUCCACCAAUGGCUUUUAUCACUCAAGGCAGAUGUCAGAUGUGGGCUUUGUGGCCAACAACAUCGAGGCCAACACAAUGCCGGGGACUUCAGCUCCGGGCUCCCCAUCUAUCAUUCGAAAGACCAAUCGCCGGCGAACGUCGACCGCUUCCCGCCUUUCGGGACGCAGCAAGGUCAAACAGUCGCCUUCCAUCCGGGCCCAAACGCAGCGCAGAGGGAGGCCUGUCCCUAAUUCGGAGGAGUUUUACAAUAGCUUGUCCCAGGAGUUGAAUAAGCCACAGAACAAUGAUGUCCGCUCGCUCCAGGCCAGCAGCACCGAGGGUUCGGGCCAGGAUUCGGUUUCGCCCGAACCAUUGUCAGAACCUUUGAUGCUACCCCCAGCGCUUCCGCCGUCGCGCAAGUCUCCGGCCAUUGCUCCUCAACCGGCACAGCCACCCAGUGCCGCGACUCCCGCCACUCUCAUGCGAAUUCAGCGGUCACAACACACCCAGGACCCCUCUGGCCAGUUCAUGGGGCGCGCGCAACUCGAAUACCAUGACGAGACCAUGGAGGACAUCACUUUGCCUGAAGCAGUAGCAACCUCGCAGGCACGUCCGAAGAUCAACCGCAUUGACACCAGCCUCCGGGCUAGCCCGGCCAUUUCUGCAAACUUGACUCCUUUGCUAGAAGCCAGGUCGGGCCCGGCAAGCGGGUCCGUUCCCAUCAGCCCUAGGACAGCUGCAAUGCCAUCUCCCAGUGGGCCGAUCCCGAAGAGAUCAGACCCAUCCCGAUCUUCUAUCUCCAGCCGGAAACGACCGAGUGUAUCCUCCACACAUGCCAGUCCGCAACUACGACCGAAGAUUAGCCCUAGCAUUCAGCCCUUGAUGCGGGCCGGCAGCGAAAAUUUUGCGCAGGAUGCACUCUUUGCUUCCAAAUCAAACUAUCAGCAUAUUCUUGACGGCACCUUGCCCUCUGGUGUUUCAUACCCAGAGGCCUUGGCCGAAAAUCUCAGCUCUAAGCGCACCAACCAUAAAUUGGCCGAGCAGGGCCGACGAAAUCGCAUCAACAGCGCUCUUAAGGAAAUCGAAGCUUUGGUACCGCCAGACUUCGUUCAGGCUCGACUAGCCAAGGAGGCUGCAUUGACAGGGACCAAGCCUGGCGACAAAGAAAAGGAUAAAGCGACCAACCAGGCCAUCAGCAAGGCCAGUGCGGUGGAAAUGGCCAUUGACUAUAUCAAGUCCUUGCAGCAGAGUCUCAAGGAGACCAAUGAGAAAUUAGUUGCGACCGAGGCCAAGCUCGCGGGUUUCACGCUUAAUGAUGGGAGCAACACUCCGACUGCGAGAAGCACAGCGGAGGUGGCUUGCGAGAACGAUGAGUCGGAAGACAAGAGUUCAUGA